GGCGUUUGCAUAGGAUUUAUUAGCUGUCCAAUCGUUUUUAACAGCUUUCUUGAUAACCAAUCCAAUUUUUUUUCUUCACCUGAUUUCAUCAUGCCUGGUGGUAGAAAGAGUGGACGAAAUACACGCAGAACUCUCGCAACAGCAAUAGAAUCCGAAAAAAGGCCACAUUUCAACCCUGACGACACAACUGAACCAACUGCAGGUGAAGUUGUAGGUGUAGAUGGAAUCUCUGGAAACAAAAAACAUUGCAGUAAGCCAAAUAUUAGUACAUGUUCAUCACAGUUUUCGAUAAUCAAAACCACAGACCAUUUUGUGGACAAAACUAAGAUUAUAGAGGUUCUUUUUGGUGAUUCAGAAUAUGUUCUUAUCACAAGACCAAGACGAUUCGGCAAGUCCACCAUGAUGAACAUGGUAAAAGAGUUUGUGGAGAAGAAGGUAUACACAAGAGGAGAUAAAGUAGGACAAGAAAUCCUGAGGUCAACAGAAAAUGAUCGUGCAUUUCCUGAGAUGAAUUUGCGUCUGUUUGAAGAUGGGAACUUGGAAAUUUCCAAGUGGGAUGAGUUCUCUCGCCAUCGUGGGAAAUAUCCGACCAUUUACUUAGAUUUACAAUCGAUUCAUGGUUAUAAUUUUCUGCAAAUUUUGCUUUCGUUUAGGAGAACCAUAAUCGAUGCAUUUAGUUCCCACAGUUAUUUACUGCAUUGUGAAGACUUGUGGUCAACUGAAGAAGAUAAAAAAACAUUUAUAAAAUACCUGUAUCCAACAUCCAUAGAUCAGAUGAUAGUAAGCAGCUCAGAAGCCGUGGAAGCUUUAUUGUUAUCUUAUAUAGAAGGGUCUUUGCCAUUCCUAGUUCAAGUUUUACACAAACACUACAGUCAUGGAAUUUAUCUUUUCAUUGACGAGUACGACGCGCCCAUUAACAACAUACUCUUCGAAAAUAAAGAUCUUUGCGAAAAAGUUAAUAACCUGCUUACCAUUGUCUUUAAAAAUCUUAUGAAGCGACAAGACAGUUUCAUAGCUCGUGCUUUGAUCACAGGGAUAUCUUACAUGGCUUUUCAGGAGUGAACAAUGUGAAAAAACACAUGUUUCUCAGAGGAGCACUGGAUGGUGAUGAUAGGUAUGAAGUAUUUUAUGGCAUAACAGAAGAAGAACUGGAGCAGCUCACAACAAAGUUCACUGAGAAAUUUUGUCAGGGCGUGAACAAACUCCCUAAAGAAAAAGUGGAAUCAUAUUACAACGGAUACCAAAGUAUUGGACGGAGUAGAGUCAAGAUAUAUCCUAUUUGGUCAAUUGUGAACGCUCUAGAAAACGGAAAGAUAUGCAAUUAUUGGGAGGAGUCUGGAAUCAUGGCGGGCGCAAGACAGGGACUUAAGAUACCAAUUGUUCGGAUCGCAAUUGAAAAGUUGUUGUCGGGAAGACACAUCAAAUGUGAAAUUCCAUAUGAAUUAGAGCUAGAACACCUCCAAGACCUGUGUGAUGUGAUUUUGAAGUGGGAAGAGAAAUGGACUCUCUUAAAACCUGAUGUUUUCCUUUCUUUUCUGAUGCAACAAGGGUAUUUAGUGUAUGAAAAAAAUAUAGAAAAAGACAUAUUUGAAGUUAAAAUUCCUAAUACAUUUGUUGAGAACGAAUUUAGAAAACUGAUCAAAACGUACUUUGAAAAUCAUUAUGAUCGUCUCAUUGCAAAUGUAACGGCAGUGUUCGAUGAGUUCCCAGAUGAUUUAAGUGAUGAAAUUGUGAAGAGAUUAAUUAGUUCUAUGCAGAAGGUAUUUGAACAUGUGAGCGAAAAAUGGAACCAAUGCAACGAAGACGUGUACCAUUGUGUGAUUUUCCACUGUUUGUAUAACUCAUCAGAGUACAUGUGUUGCACUGAACUGUCGGGACUUGACAUUGCGUUCAAUUCAGAAAAUAAAGCAGAGUAAUAAUUGAGGUCAAGCACUGUCAGAGUGCAUUAAAGGCUUUUGAACAAAUUGAAAGUAAAGGCUAUGCAGAAAUUUUCAGGAAAAAGUUAUCAAAUGAAAAGCUCAAAUGUGUUUGUAUGGUAUUGAAUGUGAAUAACAACAAUAAAGUAAGCAUUGCCUAUAAGAAUGCAGAUAAGGCUGGUUCACCACGUGUGAUUUCUUUGGAAAAUGGAGACUGAAAUGUGCCUCUUGUGUUUAUUACAUUGUAAAUUUUCGUCCUUGUUUUCCAUUACAAUUUUUUGCCAUUGA